AACAAGAUGCCUCCAAAAUUUGAUCCUUCUGAAGUUAAAUUCCUUUACUUAAGAGCUGUUGGUGGUGAAAUUGGUGCUUCAUCCGCUUUAGCCCCAAAGAUUGGUCCUUUAGGUUUAUCACCAAAGAAAGUUGGUGAAGAUAUUGCCAAAGCUACUAAAGAUUUCAAAGGUAUUAAAGUUACCGUUCAAUUAAGAAUCCAAAACAGACAAGCCACUGCUUCUGUUGUCCCAUCUGCCUCAUCUUUAGUCAUUACUGCCUUAAAAGAAGCACCAAGAGACAGAAAGAAGGAAAAAAAUGUUAAACACUCUGGUAACAUUCCAUUAGAAGAAAUCUUUGAAAUCGCCAGACAAAUGCAACACAAAUCUUUCGGUAAAAACUUAGCUUCCGUUACCAAAGAAAUCUUAGGUACUGCUCAAUCCGUUGGUUGUCGUGUUAACUUCAAAAACCCUCAUGACAUUAUUGAAGCCAUCAACGAUGGUGAAAUUGAUGUUCCAGAAAACUAAGAAACUUAAUUUCUUCUUUAUGUAUAAAUUUGUGUUUUAAUAGGGUUAAUUGAUAUUUUCGUUUCGUAACUUUAUUUCAAUCCAUUUCCAUUCUUAAUUCCUCC